AUGAUAACGCUUAAUAAAGACGCCAAACUCAAACUAAGACCUAACACCUCUUAUAUAGCAAACAAGCCGAAGUUGAAUUUAAGCUGCUUUACCCAGAGUUUUGUAAAAGAAAGAGAUAAUAUGAUUAAGCUUCGAAAAUAUGAGACCCAUCAUUGGCUAAAACUUCAUGGAAGAGGCAUGUUUAUUGAUUUUGAUAGCUACCAAAGAUCGAAACUUAAAGGAAUUUUUAAUGAUUUAGACGAUGAUGGGUCAGGCUCAUUAGGAAUUGACGAGUUAUAUGAGCCACUACUUGCGCUUGGUUUGGUGGAAAGUAAAGAAGAUGUACAAUAUUUAGUGAAUAUGGUAGAUAUUGAUAAGUCAGGGUUAAUUGAGUUUGAAGAAUUUAUAAAAAUAUUGACAGCUGCUAAAGGAAACCAAGGAGAAAAUUUAUUAGUGCAAUUUUUCAAAGAUUUGGUAAAUGGGAGGAUUUUUCAAGAGUAUAAAGAUCUGCCUUUUAAAUUAUUGAUUUCUAAUAGGAGAAGAGAAAUUAUGCUGCAGAGCUAUAUGGGAACGACAAACUCAGAAAAAGAAAAGGGGUUUAGGAUUUUAACAGCUUUUGCGAACGUGCUUAGAGACAGGGAUAUGCAGAUCCCUAAAUCUGAAAUGCUUAUAAAUAAAAGGAAUAAAAUAGGGAUGCAAACAAAUCAAGGAAUUAAAGGUAUCAUAAGAAGCCGCUUUAAACGAGGCUCGUUUAAAAUUCGCGCACAAAACAAAUUUGCAAGGUCAAACUCUGUAAAAUUAUACUAA